AAGUCUCGCGAGAAGAGGCGGUCGCUGUAGCGGAGCCCUCUGGCUGUGUGUGUGUCUGAGGAGGAUCCGGCGCCGAAGCUGCAGACGGUUUGCUGAGCCCGUUAGUGUCCCUUCGGAGACUCAACGCCGGCGUCAUGUCCCGGUACCUGCGCCCCCCCAACACGUCUCUCUUCGUGAGAAACGUAGCCGACGAUACCAGGUCUGAAGAUUUACGUCGGGAAUUUGGUCGUUAUGGUCCUAUAGUUGAUGUGUAUGUUCCACUUGAUUUCUACACUCGCCGUCCAAGAGGAUUUGCAUAUGUUCAAUUUGAGGAUGUUCGUGAUGCCGAAGAUGCUUUACAUAAUUUGGACAGAAAGUGGAUUUGUGGACGCCAAAUUGAAAUACAGUUUGCACAGGGGGAUCGAAAGACUCCAAAUCAGAUGAAAGCCAAGGAAGGGAGGAAUGUGUAUAGUUCUUCACGCUAUGAUGAUUAUGACAGAUACAGACGUUCUAGAAGCCGAAGUUAUGACAGAAGAAGAUCAAGAAGUCGGUCCUUCGAUUACAACUAUAGAAGAUCUUAUAGUCCUAGAAACAGUAGACCGACUGGAAGACCACGGCGUAGCAGAAGCCAUUCCGACAAUGAUAGAUUCAAACACCGAAAUCGAUCUUUUUCAAGAUCUAAAUCCAAUUCAAGAUCACGGUCCAAGUCCCAGCCCAAGAAAGAAAUGAAGGCUAAAUCACGUUCUAGGUCUGCAUCUCACACCAAAACUAGAGGCACCUCUAAAACAGAUUCCAAAACACAUUAUAAGUCUGGCUCAAGAUAUGAAAAGGAAUCAAGGAAAAAAGAACCACCUAGAUCCAAAUCUCAGUCAAGAUCACAGUCUAGGUCUAGGUCAAAAUCUAGGUCAAGGUCUUGGACUAGUCCUAAGUCCAGUGGCCACUGAUAGUAUAAACCAUGAUAUUUUUAGGCAUGUAUCAUUCAUUUACUCAUAGUUUGGUUUACUUAAAUUAUCAGGAAUACAAUGUUGCAAUGAUGCUUAAAAAACACUUGUCAGUUUUCCCUGUACCAGGCAAUGGUUAUAAUUAAAAUGAUAUGCUGUUGAGAAGCCACUCUUAAGAGUCCAGUUUGUUUAAUGUUAUGGGCAGCUACCAAUUCGUGGUGUCUCUGUAUAUUUUUGUAAAGAUUCUCAUUUUUUAUGCUUGAAGUAUUGGUGAAAAGAUGUUGGUUGACCAUAAUUUGCAACAUUGUCUUAUUAAAAAUAAACUUUCAUAUCCAUAUUUGGUAGAACUGUUAACCUAGAAAUGUAGCUUGCUAAUAAGAUAGAAUGAUAAAAAAGUGAAGUUGUAGCCACAGUACAACACUGACCGACCAGACACAUUUAGGUUCAGGGUGGACCUUUUUGUCUUGUCAAGAUGUCUAGGCCCGUGAUGAUAAUUUAUGGCACGGUGUGGAAUAGUUCUUUUGUUAACCCCCACUGUCUUGGGAAAUGACAACUGGGUUAAGUAGCAUUUUCAGGCAGAUUGUUUGAUUGAAACAAGGAGCCUUCACUUUCCUGGUUUCCAUGAAGAUUUGGAACCAUACAAACGUCGGAAAAACACCUUAAAAUUUGGGCAGGUUGAUGAUGGCAGAAAUAAUUUUAAGGGGGAAAAGAAUGCUCUUACGUAGUUACUCUAAACUUUAAGGAGCGUUGUUGACCAUAAUGCAUAGUUUUCUUACUGCUGUUAAAAGCAAGUAAAGUGCUUCAAAGGAGGUUUUGUUAGUGCAUAGUAUAAAAGGACUGAAUUUUGAUGCUUAAAGCUCUUGGUGUGUGCAUUUGUAUCAAAAUGUGCCCAUCUCUUUAUGAAGGAAGCUUGUUCUUCACACCUCAGUUUAUUUAACGUGAGGCAAGUUAAAAAGCAACACUCCCAUUCUAAGUGAUUCUCUGGUGCCAUGAGAUUUAAAAUAACUUUGGAAAAAAUUAAUUUCAAGAAAGUCACAUCUCUUGAGUUUUUGAUUGAUUAUCAGUGUAGUACCUGAUAAAAAUAAGAAAAUAAUACCCUACUCUUUAUAAAAAUGUCUAACAUCUCUCUGUGAGAUCAUGUGGGGGCAAUAAAAAGUGACUUGAUAUGUCCAGUCUCAUUUCAGAGUAAAAGCUAGCAUCUUUAAAAUUUUAGAUUGCUUGCUUACAGGCAUAAGUAAGAAAUGUUGUGGGGAAACUAUCCCUUUUAGAGGAUUACUUUUUUCAGUUAUGGUUUUAGAGAUCUAGGCCUUGCCUGUAAAGAACAAAAGGUGGUUUUUAAAUACUGUUUGUGGAAUGUGUUUAAAGGAUUGAUUCUAGAACCUUUGUAUAUUUGAUAGUAUUUCUAACUUUCAUUUCUUUACUGUUUGCAGUUAAUGUUCAUGUUCUGCUAUGCAAUCAUUUAUAUGCACGUUUCUUUAAUUUUUUUAGAUUUUCCUGGAUGUAUAGUUUAAACAAAAAGUCUAUUUAAAACUGUAGCAGUAGUUUGCAGUUCUAGCAAAGAGGAAAGUUGUGGGGUUAAACUUUGUAUUUUCUUUCUUAUAGAAGCUUCUAAAAAGGUAUUUUUAUAUGUUCUUUUUAACAAAUAUUGUGUACAACCUUUAAAACAUCAAUGUUUGGAUCAAAACAAGACCCAGCUUAUUUUCUGCUUGCUGUAAAUUAAGCAAACAUGCUAUAAUAAAAACAAAAUGAAGGAAA